AUGUACCUGCAAGUGGAGAGAGGACUUAACAUCAGGAUUAUUGACAGCUUGAAUUUUCUCCCCAUGAAGCUGGCUGCUUUUCCCAAGGCAUUUGGUUUGACGGAACUGAAGAAGGGAUACUUUCCCCAUUAUUUUAACACCCUAGGAAACCAGAAUUAUCGUGGACUGUUUCCCGAACCUAACAUGUAUGGUGCCAAUUACAUGGGAUCCAAGGAGAGAUCAACAUUUCUUAAGUGGCAUGCUGAACAACAGGGAAUAUUCGACUUUCAGAAAGAGAUGAGGGAAUACUGUGUCUCUGACGUCGCUGUUCUCAGAGAAGCCUGCUUAAAAAUUUCAAGCUCUGAUGCUGGAAGCCACUGGUGA